UGAGCAUUAUGAAUAUGCAUGAAGGGGCGGGGUAACCCGUCACACGCCCGUGACGUUCUUUAGAUGACAGAUUUGCAGGUACAGUGAUUUAAAGUUAACAAUGAUUUAAGUUCGCGCAAUGGACGUACUUUGGGGACUAUUAAAUCAAUAAGACAUUUAAAUUGAUCUGAAAUACUAUGAAACAUGUGGAUUCACAUUUCCUUUGAGCAAAAGUUUUUGUGGAGCGUGUUUGUGCUGCUCUCUUUGACUGGUGGAGAGGCUUUCGGAGCUUCUUUCUAUGGAGAUGGGUUUGUGCAUUUGAAGGCAGUUGAGUUGUCUAGUCAGACGUCAUUCCAUGUACGGUUUCGAACCUCUGGACCCAGUGGCCUGCUGUUCUUGGCAGCUGGGGAGACGGACUUCCUCUGGGUUGGGCUGCAUUCUGGCAGAGUACAGGUGCGGAUUCAGCUUGGAUCUGGGGAACGGAGUGUUUGGUCUGAGAAGGGUUUCCCCUUGAAUGAUCUGACCUGGCAUACAUUAGAACUUCAACAUGAUAAUGACAACAUCACGCUUACUGUGGACAAAAACUCUAUAACAUCUGCUAAGAUGCCAGGACCUGACUUUGAACUGGAUGUCCAGGAUGGACUUUUUGUUGGUGGUGUCGGGGAUCUGGAAAAAUCCUACCUCUCAUCCAAUGAAACUCCUUUUGGCUUUCGGGGAUGUUUGGAUGAGGUUCUGUUCAAUGAGCAUAACCUCCUGUCCUCCCUUAGACCUUACUCUGGAUACAAAAUGAUUCAUGAAGUGUCACUUGGUUGCAGCCCACAAUUUUCAGGCACUGUCAACGAUUCUAUAAGUUUUUUCAGUUCCAAAGCAUACAUGUCCCUACCAACAUGGGACGUACCCCAAGAGGGUGUAUUUGAAUGUGAACUGCAUACAGUACAUUCAGAGGGGAUCCUUUUAUACAGCUCUGCAGGAAACGGUAACUAUUUUGCCCUGGAGAUCCAAAAGGGUCACCUUGUUGCUGUCAUUAAAAUAGGUGUAACCAAGACAGCAUUGCGUUCCUUGAUGGUCAUCAAUGAUGGGGCAUGGCACAUUUUGCGGCUCUAUUUGUCUCCUUUGAAUCUUCAGUUUACUUUGGGUUUGGAGAUGCACAAUUCUAGCUUUGGGAUAAAUGCCAGUGCAUUACAGUUUACUGGACCUCUGUUCCUAGGUGGGGUUGAUGUCAGCACUUACACAGAAGUUCGCAAGAAUGGAUUGCUGUCUAUGGUAGGGAAGCGCAUUGGAGGAGGUUCAUUUAAAGGCUGUUUUAGGAAUAUCAGAGUCAAUUACCAAAGGAUGGGCCUUCCAAAAGCAUUGGUCACCAAGGAUAUUUCUGUUGGUUGUGAACCACCAAACCAGCUUGGACCCAGUACCACAAGUCCACCAGUUAUUACCAUAGAUUCUGAAAAUAUCACAGAUGCCCUACCUGAGAUGGACAAGAAAAAUUUCCUUUUACUCAAGGAUUUGGAGGUUCUUGAAGGUGGACGGGCAGCACUUGAGUCUAAACACAUUAAGAUUAAUCUAGAGUUCCGUAAGCUUGGGAUCCGUCAUUCGCAGAUUAUGUUUCGUGUUGAAGAGCAGCCGGUCCAUGGCCAACUCCGACUGGAUGUUGACCCUAAUCUGGGUGAGAACACCUUCAGUAUUCUGGAUCUCUGGCAUGGAAGGGUCAUGUAUGUCCAUGGAGGAUCUGAGGACCUACUUGACUUUUUCAUGUUUUCCAUCUUCACCAACAGCAAAAAGGAAGUGCCUAGCUUUCUCAAUGGGAACCGUCUGCACAGAUUUAACAUCAGCAUCACACCUGUCAAUGACGCUCCUGAACUCAGCCUUCCUGAGGGCAGUCUCUUCAUUCUUCUAGAGCGCUCAAGACGUCGUAUGAGCACAGAUGUCCUCAGGGUCAUCGACCCUGACAGUAACUCCACAGACCUGAUGUUCUCAGUCCUUGGAAACCUGAAUACUGUUUCAGGCUUUCUAGAGAUCGAGGGACAACUGGGCAGAGCAGUUACCUCAUUUUCUCUAAGUGAUCUAGAGCAAGGUAAAGUGAGUUAUGUCCACAAAGGUGUCAAGAACGCCAGAAUGGCUAUUAGGGUGAGUGAUGGGGACAAGUUAAGCAACACAGUAGUACUAAGGAUCAUCGCUGUUCCCCUAGAACACAAGGUUGCCAACAACACCGGAGUAGAGGUAACCCAAGGUGAAGCAACCUUUAUUAGUAACAAACAUCUUGCUGUUCAAGUCAAUGUUCCUAAACAAGCAGUGGACAUUCGCUAUGACGUCACAGUGCCACCAAUCUAUGGUGAGCUUCAAAGGCUGCAUUCAAGUGGUCAAUGGAAGCAAACAAGCACAUUUACACAAAAACUUCUGGAAAAGGAGCGUUUACGGUAUCUCAGCACCUUCCAUGGGACGCAGCAAAGUAAUAUCACUGACAGUUUCAAAUGCAAAGCCGCAGUCGGCUCAGUCAUUACGGACGAGUUGUUGUUUUUGAUUAGAGUGCGCUGGAUUCGUUAUAGAAUCACCAGAAAUAAGAUAGAGCUCGAUGGUGAACAGAAAGUCACAUUGACACCUCAACAAUUCCAUGUUGUUACCAAGGGUGCAAGACUUUCGGAAAACGACCUUCACAUUCGUUUAUUGACAUUACCAAGGAAAGGACAUCUUCUUCUCAGUAAUAAGAUUUUAAAAAAGAACUCAACUUUCAGCCAAGAUGACAUUAAUAAUCACAAGUUGCAAUAUGAGCUCUUAGAAAGGCCAGUUGAUGAUACAAGAGAUAUGUUUCACUUCCAAGUAUUCUCAAAAUUUGCCCUGUCAGGGAUUCAUGAGUUCAGAAUCAGUAUCAAAGCUGAUAUUCAUAACAUAAUUUUAAAAAAUCAUGGACUUUCUCUCUUGGAAGGGGAGAGCAAGGUCAUUACUAAGGCAAUGCUUUUCUCAGAGACACCCAGCUCUAGAACAGUACACUACACUGUCACCAGCAGCCCUAAACAUGGUGUACUGAAAAGAGUAAACCUCUCUAAUUCCUCUGCCAGCAAUGACAGCAUAAUAAAGUUCACCAAUCAGGACAUUUCAGAGGAACACAUCUCGUAUGUCCAUGAUGAUAGUGAAACCACCCAUGAUGCAUUUACAUUCCUGGCCUCUUUUGGCUCUGUGAAAAAUAAGUCCCAAGGCACGGUGGGUACAUUUAAUAUUUCCAUCCAGUUGGUUAAUGAUCAGAAACCCAUCCGUCUCGUGGAUAAAGUUUUCCAUGUGGUGCGUGACAGCCAGCGGUUGCUUACACUGGAAGAUUUGUGCUACCAUGAUGCUGACACAGACUUUGAUGACAAAGAUCUGCUUUAUACCAGACGAAAGAUCCCUAUGGGUGAGCUGGUCCUGGUAAAUGACACCACACACAAGCUUUAUCAAUUCCAUCAGAAGGACUUAGAAGAGAAGAGAGUGCUGUUCAUUCACAAAGGGGUGAGUUAUGGCCGCUUUGUCCUCUUUAUAUCUGAUGGGAAGCACUACACAUCAACACUACUUGAAGUGUCGGCCAAUGAUCCAUUUGUAAAGGUGGCAAACAACACGGGUCUUUUGGUCCAGAAAGGCCAGAUGGCCAGUUUAGGAGUUGCUAAUUUCAGUAUCUACACUAAUAUGGAUGUCAGGCAUGAUGAAGAAGUGGUCUUUGAGGUGUUUCUACCACCGAGCCAUGGGACUCUUUACUGCAAUGAUAUAAAAGCAAAUACUUUCACACAGCAUGACUUGAAGAUGGGUCAUGUAAUGUAUCAUCACGAUGACAGUGAAAUCCUGGAGGACUUUUUUAACUUCACCAGCAAGGUUAAAGGCCUCCGUUUGGAUGUAAGUGUGCCAGUUAAGGUGUACCUUGAAAGUCAUCAGAAGCCUCCAAGGGUCAUUCACAAUAACCCAGUUGUGGUGGAAGAAGGAAAGCCUGUCAAAAUCGACAAGGAAAUUCUCCAGGUCGUUCAUGAGGAUAACAAACCUUUUGAGAUUGUGUAUACUGUGAAGGUGGCACCCACUUACGGUUUUCUGCGGAUAUCUGUGCUAGAGGAAGAUCACUACCGUGGCAGUCAGGAGAAUCCCAUCCAAAGCUUUUCACAGGGUGAUAUCAAUGAAGGGCAUGUUCAGUAUGUUCAAACAGAGCAUGGAUAUGUUAAUGACUCCUUUUCACUUGACAUAACCAAUGGCAUUCUAACAAUCCAUGAUCUCAUAGUCAUAGUGGAUAUUAUCCCCUUGUACAUCCCACUAGAAGUGUCCAAUAUGACCCUGAUAGAGGGCUCUUCUAAAGCUCUCACUCAGGACAUCAUCAAAGUUGUCAGCCGACACUUUCAUGGACUCCAAAUCUUCUAUCUUGUAACCGAGGGGCCUCAUCAUGGACGAAUUGAACACUCAAGAAUCCCUGGUGUCCCAAUUCCAUCUUUCACAAGGGCUCAAGCUGAACAGGGAUACAUAUUCUAUGUCCAUGAUGGAAGUGAGACCGUGGCUGAUAAUUUUACAGUGGUGGCCAAUAAUACAGAUAUCCGGAAGCAAAGUUUGCCAUUUGUAGUUUAUGUCAAUAUAACACCCAUAAACGAUGAACCCCCAAUUGUAACUGUCAACAGAAUUCUUAAGGUGUGGGAAGGUUCUGUGACAGAGAUAAGCACUGAAGACCUCAGUUCUGAGGAUCCAGAUUCUCCUCCUGAGAGCCUAGAAUUCAUCAUCACUCCACCAAGUAAUGGGCAUCUGGGCCUGAAGAGCGCCCCCUCCAGGCCUGUUCUGAACUUCACCCAAGAGCAUAUUAGUCAUGGCCAGCUGGUGUUUGUACAUAGUGGUGCCCUGUCUGGAGGAUUUCACUUUCAAGUCAACGAUGGGGUGAACUUUGCUCCAAGGCAAAUCUUCAGUGUUGCAGCCCAAUCUCUGGUUAUCAGCUUAGAGAAAAAUAAAGAGCUCAAAGUUUUCCCAGGGUCUUCAAAGUUAAUUACUGAAGAUGAGCUGCUGAUAAUCACAAAUGACUUUGAUGAUAUUUAUGGCAAUCGCACCAUCACAUACUCUGUGACCUCCCCUCCAAGAUUUGGCAGCCUGAUUUGGAAACAAGAUGAAAAUUCCACAGAAGAAAUCUCAUCCUUUACCCAAAACAUGGUGAAAGAACGUGCUGUGCUGUAUGCACAGACUAAACCUGUUUCAUGGGCCACUACAGAUUCCUUCACCUUCACUGCGUCAUGCCCCCCAGCAUUCCUCCAAGCUCAUACCUUUAACAUCCACAUCUCUUAUGAAAAUACAGGCCCAGAGCAUAGGAGUGCACUCUUAACAAAUACAGGUGCUGUCGUUGCUGAGGGUAGUAGUGUUCUCAUUGAUAAAUCAAAAUUGGAUGCCACAAACGUUUUGGGAAAAUUAGAUGAAGCAGAACGUAAUUUCUAUGAGGUCUGGUACGAAAUCACCUCUCCACCCCACCAUGGUACAAUUGUUGUAGGUGAAAAGAACCUGACACAUGAAAGACCAAAGAUAUCUCAAUUCAACCUCCAUAAGCAUGGAAUCAUAUACGUACAUGACGACUCAGAGACCACUCAUGACAACUUCACCUUUGAUGUGUGGCUAAUCCCCAAAGGAAAGCCUGCUCAACGACCUCAGAGUACAGAUUAUAUAGUAUCUGAAAUAUUUAACAUCACUGUGACCCCUGUUAAUGACCGGCCUCCUGUGCUCAAGACAGGAUCCCCUCGACUCAAAGUAGUCAAAGGGGACACUGUGACCUUGGAUCCUGAGAAUCUCUAUGUGGAGGACCAAGACACUCCACCUGAGGAGCUUUAUUAUACUGUAAUCAGCAAGCCCAAAAAUGGCUUCCUUGCUUUGGAGGGUCAGCUCAAUAAGUCUAUCAGCACCUUCACCCAAGCUGAUGUAAAUCAAGGAAGGGUGCACUUUGUACAAAAAGGGGAACUCUCAUCAGGGGUCAUCCACUUCAGCAUCACUGAUGGAUUCCACAGACCACUCUACAAGCUCUUCAGUGUAGAGGUUGAGAAUAUCACCAUCAGUGUGGUCAACAACACUGGACUGACUCUAUUGCAAGGCCAGACCACAGUGACUCUGACAUUUGAGAACCUGGCCGCAGUGUCCAAUGAGAGAGAUGCAUCCAUUAAGUAUUUAGUUACAAGCUCACCAAGUCAUGGGAGUGUCAUGGUUAUGGAAGAACCGGUCACAUACUUUGACCAAGAGGACCUGCACACCGGCAGAGUAUUUUAUAACAUGAGUGACCUGUCAUCCCCUCGAGACUGCUUUGAGUUCACGGUCUUCACAUCUGAGAGUAACCUGACCAACCAGGUGGUCAACAUCACAGUCAAGCCACUGAUCCACCUUGGGGAGCAUGUCAGGAUCCCAGAUGGCAUCCCAGUGAAGCUACGAAAGGACGUCCUGGAUGCAACAGAAUUGGCCACCCUUAGUGCUAGUGAUCCCAUUUUUGAAAUUCUUGAGCCACCGAAACAUGGAAAGCUAGUCAAAGUGACAUUUGACCUUGGAGGAGCCUCUCACUCGGUGGAGUCCUUCUCAUUCAGGGAUGUGGAACAAGGCAGAGUGGCCAUUGAAGAAAACAUCAACUUCCAUGCCAUUUAUGGCAACACAACAGCACCCAGGUACAACUUCACAGCGGUCCAUCCACUUAAUGACUCAUUUGUUUUCCUUUUGAAGGCAGCCAACGUCCAGCCUGCUAUGGGCGAAUUUGUGUACCUAGUAUUACCUUAUGAUCCCAUUACAGGGAAGCAUAUGCUUUCAGAGCCGACCAAGAUGCCGUCAUUGAACAAAUCAACAAAUACUAUGCAUUCUCCAUCUCACAUAGAUCCAUCAACAAGACCACACAGGACUGCUUCAAAGCUAAAACCUCGAAACCGCUGGGGGAACCACACACGAAGCAGAUCCACGGUCCCUCACGUGCACCGUACCACUAUGAGCAAGUUGGAACCCUCCCCGAAAAAUACUUUGGUGAGGAUGGAGACUUUACCGAGACCUGCCUCUGAUCCCCUGUUCAUCAUCCUGCCACUUCUGGCCUGCCUCCUCCUGAUUGUUAUUCUUGUGGUUCUCAUACUUGUCUUCCGGCACCGCAGGGAAAAGCGGGCCCACCCGGCAAUGAUACAGCAUCUGACAGGGAACCCUGGUGAAGAUAUUUUAGCCAGAGGCCCAUAUCUGGGUCAGCCUGAGAGAAGUCUCACUGUUCCUUCAGUUAUAGUCACCCCCCUCACUCCGAGUUGCCCGGAUAGUCCUGUUUUACAGGAAGUACAUAACGCAGCCUUGGGGCCAGCAAUUGAACAAGCUGUGUCUCCAUUUCUCCUUUGCACAUGGAAUCCACUUAACCCUGUUUCUGUCCAGCAAUGUUCACCAGCAACACAACCCCUUAAACAAAACCAAUACUGGGUUUGACUCAACUCUUUUUAUCACAUCCAGAUGUUGCUUGAACCAAUUUUGUGAACUAUCAUUGUGCAUGACCAUGAUCGGAGACUUAGCAUUAAAGGCAGUAGAAAGUAAGCUUCUAAGUUUAAUACCAUACAUUGAGAAACUUAAAUAUCUAUUCAGACUCUGAAGGUCUCUUGACUUAGUAUCAAGGGAAAUAUCACCAAAUAACUACAAUUUUAACAUUAAUUUUUCAUGAUAAUCCUAUUGUUUCAGUUUUGUCCUGCCACAGCUUAAAAUUGUUUCUUACAAAACACAGAUGGCCACCAAAUCUUAUUACAUGGUCAGAAUAUUUUACAUUUUCCAGUACACAUAGUCAGAAAAAAUGUGCAAAAAUUGUUCCUUUAGCUUGUCACUGGGCAGGAUCCUCAAAGGUUCACUUAAGGUAAUAUUAUGUACCCUUUAUGGGUAGAUAAGGUACAAAGGUACACAUUUGAGGGUACUAGCCCAAUGACAAACAAUGGGUUUUUGCAAAUUUCUUUGGUAAUGUGCUAUAGAUAGAAUGAAUGAACAAUGUUUAAUUCAGUUCACUGAAUACAGUAUAAAACAAUUGUUUAUCAAAAUUUUAAAUCCUUUGCCACAUUUUAGAGGUAAAACACCACAUGUGUUUGUAUCCAGUGUUCAUGGUUUUUAUAAAAUACUGAUAUAGGUCACUAUUCUACUUAACUCUUCAUGUAGUAACAAUACAUUAUUGUUUUAAUGAUUAUUAGGAUUGCAUAAAUAAUAAAGUAUUGUUAUUACACGUUAGCCUACAGGCAGGGAAGGUACUGGAAUAGGGAAGGUAAAGUUUAUUUCAGUUUAUUCGUUAUUAUAUAAAGUGCAAGAUAUAGAAUAACUACUGCUUCUACAAGAUAACUAAACUGAAUAUUUAUUUCACAGUUUCUCUCUAAAUGGUUUUUAAAAAGGACUAUUGCUUCAUGCUGUACCCUUAUGCCUUAUGUUUAUUUAUAUGGUCACAUUUGCUGUAAACAAAGUCUGUCAGAAAGUAAUGAAAUUGAAGAGGGAACUGAAACUGCUCAAAGGUGCAUUUUAAAGAAGUGUCUAAAAUUAAAAUAUUACGCUGAGCACAAAAACAAAACCUCCCUCAGAAAUAUUGCACCAUAAUUUUUUACAUUCCUAACAAGAUGGCAUUAGCAGGAGAUACAACAGAAAUGUGCUGAUAUUGACAAUCUGUGUUUGUUAUCUUGUAAUACCUAUAAUUUACUAUGGGCUACAGAUUUAUGAAUGUUCACAUGUACGUGUGUAUUUAUGUCUGUUUGAUAGAGAAAGUAUCUCUGAGUUAGAUGCAUUAAUGUAAAAAUGAUUGUCAUUACAUGUAUAAAUCUAUGAAAUAAUAAAUGAUUGCUUUUUUAUA